UCCUUAUGACAGACCGCCUGCAGAAAGAGGGAGAAAUCAUAAGCUGCUGCUCGUUCUGCUAGCAACCUUGUCAUAUCAGCAAUUUCCAGAGGAGCACAAGCUGACCUUUCUUUCCUUCUCAGUGACGCCCAAGAGGAGGGGCAAGAGAGUAGAGUAAAUAAGAGUAAAUAAGUAGAGUGAGUAAGUAGCGUAGGAAAGUGCAGACCGCCUGCAGAAAGAGGGAGAAAUCACAAGCUGCCGCUGGGUCCGCCCGCAACCCUGCCAUAUCAGCAACUGCAAGAGCGGCAUCAGGAGGACGUCCUAGAGGAGAGGCUGAAGAGCAGAGGAAGUAAGUAGCGUAGGAAAGUGCAACCCCACAGGACUUGGCCUCGCAAAGCUGUUUACUCACCGCUGGUGUUCUGUCCUCCUCAGCUGUGGAAAAAGGUAUCUAAAGUUUUCCUUUCAUUGUGCUCAAUUUGAGACUUCAUUAAGUAGCAACCCAGUAUUCAAGAACUGACAAAGCAAAACUACGGAGAGGCCUUCAGUUAUGGCUGCAAUGGAAACUCCAUCAUUUCUGUUUAAUUUUAAAGGAUGCUAUUUUGCAUCAGAUAUGAUCACACCUGAAUAUCUUGAAACAAUUGAAGAUUUUGAAGUGAGGGACAGUGAUAUAUUUGUAGUCACUUAUCCAAAAUCUGGAACUGUCUGGAUACGGAAUAUUAUGCUCUUGAUUAUGUACGAAGGCCAACGGAAUGGAACAGAGAAUUAUACCAAUCAGGUUCUUGCAAUAGAUUAUAAUAUAACUAAUAAGGAUUUUACACAGCUACCAUCACCUCGUAUCAUUACUGCCCACUUGCCAUAUGAUUUGGUUCCGAAGGGACUGAAAAACAAAAAGGGAAAAGUCAUUUAUGUGUACCGAAAUCCUAAAGAUGCGAUGGUGUCCUUAUUUUAUUACUUCAAAGAGUUAGGAUUACCUGAGGAUCUGGAGCACCUCAUGCAGAGAUUCUUCACUGGGAAAGUCCUUAGCAACUCUAUCUUUGACCAUGUCAAAGGAUGGUACACCCACAAGGAUAACUUGAAUAUUCUCAUCAUUUCCUAUGAGGAGAUGAUUAAGGAUCUUAGAGGUGUUGUAUUAAAAAUUUGUGAUUUUCUGGGAAAACAACUGAGCAGCCAAGAGGUAGACAAAGUUGCAAAGAUGGCGUCAUUCAAAUAUAUGAAAACAGAUACUAGGGGAAAUUGUGAGGCCGAAAUUGGACAGCUCUUCAAGAAAGAGAAAGUGAACCAUCUGCGCAAAGGUACCAUUGGAGACUGGAAAAAUGUAAUGACGGUGUCACAGAGCGAAAGGUUUGACAAGGUCUUCCAGGAGAAAAUGAAAGACGUACCUCUCAAAUUCAUCUGGGAUAUCAAAGAAAUACAAGACCAUGAUUAGCAUGGCAAGCACAUAAUACAACAAAGCUUCCACCCCUGUUCUGGAUCUGUUUUCUCUUCUGCUCAAAUUGUUAAGUCAUUUGGAAAAAAAGUAUGAAUACACUGAUAUUUUGCAGGUGUUUUUCACCAACAAAUAGAUAUUCUGACCAAAUAUUUUCUCGUUUAAAAAUUAGCAAAGCAAGGAAGGAAAAAGAAUAAAUCAUGUGGUGCUGCCAUCUUAUUUCUGGAGCCAGAGCCACCCCAAGUAAUGUUGCUACUGGCAGUGAAAGACAAAAUGGCACCCCAUUUCCUUCCCCAUACAGAACUGGCAUACGUGAACUGAACCUUUCUUUGUCAUGGAUGCUUGGACUGUAUUUUAUCCCAGAUGGGCAGCAGGCUAGCUUACGGGUCAGGAGUAACUAGCCCCAGCACACUCACCAUAUUUCCCUACCUCUCAACACCCCUUUUUGGAGUACCUUCUUUUGCCACUUUUCCCCUUUACUUUUCAGUCAACUGAAGCCAACAGUUCAUAAAUCAGCCUACACAUUGUCUCACCUUGUCAAUGUGUUAUGUACUCCACUAGCCUUUGAAACUUACAUGGCUAUUGACAAGGCAACACAUAUCGGACAACCAUAGCUGCACACUUCCACAUCUGCAAAAUACUGGCCAAAAUGAUGAUGAUGAUGAUGAUGAUGAUGAUGAUGAUGAUGAUAAUGAGAAUCACUGUGGGCAAUGUCCUAGGACUGGAAACACCCCAAUUGCUUCAAAAUUGAGAUAAAACUGGAGCUCAUUUUUGAAACUCUAAGAAGCAAAUGAAUAAACACCCCCCCAAAAUUGGGAAAGGUGCUGAACUAGGGGCAGUUGCUCCAAAGUGCUGCUCAUCAGUGGAAGACUUGCCACUGGUGGCAAGAAGGGUAAGAUAGUAGUGAAGAGCUGCAACAGGGUCUGCGGAUAUUGUUGAGCGGUUCGUUAGCAGAUCCCCCGCAAACCAAGGUGGGAUUGAUGUGACAACCCAUCAUCAGCUGAUCAAUCCUUAGAACAAGGCAUGAGUUGCCAGGUGGCUUAUUGCUCAAAAAUAAGUGGGCUAGUUCUGAUGAUACAGUGUCCCAGCUGUGACUAGUCACCCCCAUUGGGUUGUGGUGUUGUAUGAGCCCAGUCCAUGGCUUGUCUCCUCAGAGAAUAUGUGGUUCACGUGAGUUUUGAACCUGUAAUCUUGUGACUUACCAAGUUCAAAUAAAAACUCAUGGGCUAGCUUGUGCUUGACAUCUCACCUGUACCAGAUAUUCUUAUUAAGGCCUUACUACUAAGAAGGGAAAUAAAUUCUAUUAGUUUCUGCAAAGUCUGAAGUGCCCAAUUCUGCCUAAUCUUGGAAGCUAAAUGGGGUCAGGCCUGGAUAAAAUCUGGAUGAGUUAAUGUUGUCAACUUUCCAGAAAGCAUCCUCUAUGGACAGUAUAGAAAUGUAAUGAAUACUACAGCAGGAUCCCAUAUCCAGUGGCUCAGUUACUGCAUUUUUAGUUAACCACAGUUGACGUUGGCCUGAAAGAGAAGUUAUGCUGUUAAACUUUCCUGAGACUAUGGUAAGGGACAGUCUAAAAGUUGAAAUAAAUAAAUAAAAAUAAAGUGCCAAAGAAAAGUUGCACAGUGCCAAAGGAAGUCUUAAAGUGCUGAGGUAAGAAUGAAUGAAACUGGGGAAAAGACAUCUAAAGAGUAUUUUGAGUAUAUGGUUUGUUUGAGUUUAUUUUGCAGCUUGCCACCCACAGGAGCCCUCUGGCUAUUGUAUAGUGUCUGUUAUUAUCUGUGGUUUCAGGCAUCCACUGGGGGAUUUGGAACUGAUCCGCAUGGAUAUGGGGGCCCUGCUGUGCUGGACACAUUUGCAUUUACUUCCAGAAAAGCAAAUACAGGAUUUAUUGCAGCUUUUUACAUAAAGAUGUAGAAUCUUCAAAAAUGCCAGUUUCAUGAGGAACUCCUGGGGUAUUUAGGGAAUGGCAUUCCCACCACCACCUCUUUCUGGGACCAAUUAUUACAUAAAGCACAUAGGUGAAACCAGUAACAUCUGUUAAAGAGUAGUCUAUGUCAGUCUUCCCAACAUGACUAGAUUGCAAUAUCCAGAAUUCCCAGCCAAUGGACCUGCUGGGUGGGAAUUCUGGGAGUUGCAGUCCAAAUGCCUCUGAAGACCAGCAAGCUGGGGAAGACUGGUCUAUAUAAUUAAAGACUGUUGGGAAUUACCCAUUGUCCAACUAGAGCAACAGGGACCAUUACUUACAUUGUGAGACAUUCUGAGUCUUAAAAUAUACGUGCUUGAUGCAGGCCAACCCCACAUCAGACCAUUUAAUAGAGCAAAGCUGUAACAAUUUGCACCAUACAGCACGGCUGUACAAUGAGCAGUUGGCUCUGAUAGCACAGCUCCAGAAAUGGAUUGGUACCUGUGUUUUUGGGUGUACAGUCUGCAUCCACCAUCAGACAAGGAGCCAUGCAGCCAUCUAGCAACGAUACAACUGGAAAGUAAUGUUAUUAACAGGUGCCAGCUGGAAACACACACCACUGUUUUCCCAAAACAGUUUGUUGCAACAAAUGGAUAUAUGAAGCUGCAGAACUUCUCUAACUUCGCAUUGUGAGCAGCAGAGACAGCAAUAGUGGUUCACAUUCUUAACCACCUUUGGUGUAACAUCAGCUGUAACUAUGCUUGAGAACUGUGUUUAGCCAUUCAGUAAAGACAUUUAUUAUUGAAGCAAAUCUAUCUUGUUUCUCCUAAAAUAAAUACUUUGACAAAUUUGA